ACGAACUCAACUCGACUUUGAAGAUCAAUAUGCCAGGCGCCCAAGAACACACGGAGGAAUCAGCCACAGAAAAUAGAUCAAACCUUGUCAUUGCAGAGAGAUCUCCACCCAAUUUGCUAGACCCACAACCCAUCGUUGAGGUCCAUGUUACUUCCCCGGAAGGGCAGACGCAGAGCUUCAAAAUACACAAGAACUUCAUAUGCUAUUACUCCCCCUUCUUCGAUGCGGCAUUCAAUAGUAAAUCAGUAGAAGGGGAAAGUCAGGGUCCGGAAUUGGACGAUACACCUCACGACGUGUUCGGUAUAUUCGUCAAUUGGCUGUACAUGCAAACGAUCAACAUAGAAUCCAACCGUGAAUGGCCUAUCCGUUGCAUGCUUCUCGUGAACAUCUGGCUGCUGGCUGACAGAGUUAUGGUUCCUCGGCUUCAAAAAGAGGCCCUUUGUUUACUGGGCGAGGCUGGGAGGAUGAAUGGAGAAUUUCCGCCAUCCCAAUACCAACGUAUUUACCGGAAUACUACACAAGAUAGCCCGCUCCGCGCCUGCAUUGUCAAAAUGUGGCGAGACCUGACUAUCUCGAAUUCCGAACUAUAUCCACGAGAAUUACUCGUCGAUCUUGUCAAUAGACUAGGGCCAAUAAAGCGUAGGCUGGAAGUAGAACGUUUCUGUGACGCGUUUGCGGCAGUUGAUGAGGAUUCAAACUUGUUCGAACCGUUCGAUAUGGACUUUGAACCAUUAAUCGCGGAGAAAACUCGGGUCAGCUCAGAUAUGCUUGAGGCACCCCAGGAGGGGAAGACGAAACGAAAGUUGGUCCAGACAGGUUUUACGGAAGAAAACAUAAGAGGCUCUAUUGCGUGAGGAAACUACAGUUUUCCCAUCCUUUGAACGAGUGCUAGGGUGUUGAUAGGAAUAAAGAGGUACGCUCCAUCCAGGCUGUGGAUUUUCUUUUGGGCUUCUGAUAACGGCGCCGCUGCUUACGAAUCUAAUACUAUUUUUUGAAUAUCCAUGCUCUCGUUCUUCUUUAACGUUUCUUACCUUAUUGGGCCAUUUGCCCAGUGUACAUCGAGUUGCUGUCAUGUGGUAUUUGUUGUCACUCUCCAUGUCUUUCAACCCUUCCUUGAGAACCGUUUUCCU